GAUAAGCCAGCAGAGCCAUUUGUCCUCUGCUACUAAGUCAAAUAGUGGGUGGCAGCAGGAAUCCAAGAGGCCUGUGAGGUGCUAAGGCAGAGAAAGGGCAGACAGAGUAAAUAAGAGACUGAAGAGAGUUAACAUCAGCAUCUAGAGUAGCUCCCAAUUAUUGGUGAAACUACUAGAAGGAGACUGUUCAAUCAUGAAGUUAAUUGCUAUCCUUCUCCUUUGCUCCAAGCUGCUACUAAGUUUAACCCAGGAGUACCACUCGGAGGAAAUGGACUGCAAUGAUGAGGAUGUAUUUAAGGCUGUGGACUCUGCUCUGAAGAUAUAUAACAGAAGAAGCGAAAGUGGCAACCAGUUUGUGUUGUAUCGCAUAACUGAAGUCAACAAGACGGAGAUGGAAGAGAAGCUAUUCUAUUCCAUCAAGUACCAAGUCAAGGAGGGCAACUGCCCUGUUCAAAGCGGCAAAACCUGGCAGGACUGUGACUACAAAGAAGCUGAGCAGGCUGCCACAGGAGAAUGCAGUACGAUCGUGGGGAAAAGAGGAAAUACAAAAUUCUCCGUGGCCAGCCAGACCUGCCAGAUUACUCCAGGCGCUGGCCCCAUGGUGACAUCUCAGUAUGAAUGCUUUGGCUGUGUGCACCCCAUAGCAACUACCAGCCCUGACUUGGAACCCGUCCUGAGACAUGCCAUUCAACAUUUCAACAACCACACUGAUCGUUCUCACCUCUUUGCUCUUAAAGAAGUAAAAAGGGCCGAGAAACAGAUGGUAAUUGGAUGGAACUAUAAAGUUACUUACACAAUUGAACAAACUAAUUGUUCCAGAGAGAAUUUUCUGUUCUUAACUCCAGACUGCAAGUUCCUUCUCAAUGGUGAUAUUGGUGAAUGUACAGAUCGUGUAUACAUGGAUGCUCAGCGAAGAAUUACUUCCUUCUCACAGAAAUGUGAUGUUUUUCCAGGGGAGGAUUUUAUACCACUACCUACCAUAAUUUGCCGUGGCUGCCCCAAAAAGAUACCUGUGGACAGCCCAGAGCUGGCGGAGCACCUGAAUCAUUCCAUCGCAAAGCUUAAUGCAGAGAAUAACGGAACUUUCUAUUUCAAGAUUGAUACUGUGAAGAAAGCAACAGUACAGGUGGUGGCUGGAAAAAGAUAUUCUAUUGAGUUCAUGGCCAGGGAAACUAAAUGUUCCAAGGAGAGUGAUAAAGAGUUGACUGAAGACUGCGAGAUCAAUUUACUUGGAGAAAUUCUAGACUGCACUGCUGAUGUUAUUGUGGUACCUUGGGAGAAAAAAAUUUACCCUACAGUCAACUGUCAAACAUUAGGAAAGACCACAAUGAUGAAAAGACCUCCAGGUUUUUCACCUUUCCGAGCAGUACAAGUGGCGGAAACAAAGGCUGUAGCAACAAAGGAACUAAGUUAUUGCGAAUACAAGGGCCGACCUCUGGAGGCAGGGGCAGAGCCAACGUCUCAGAGUGAAGUCUCUUAACCAGUGGGCAGAAUCUCCAUGCCUGGCACAAUAGCCCCAACAGCCAACCUGUCAGCAGCCCUGUGUGGAAGGACAAGAAUGUGGGAGAGAAUGCAACUGAGAAGAAUGCCAUUUUAUCACUCUGUUUCUGGGUGAAAUAAAGUUUGAUCUUGAUGUUCUGA